AUUAGGCGAUCUCUUACUAAGCCCCUCUUUUAUUUAUUUUUUUUUUUUUCCAGGCUGAGUAAAUUUUACUAAUACAGCCUAAUAAAAUAACAGAGCAAUUAGUAAUAAAAUAAAAUGUUUGCUUUCCACAAUCCUUCUCGCUUACAACGAGUUGGGAAAAAGUAAAUAGAUUAAAAGCGCGGUGGAAACGACCUGGCGGUAUUCCAUAUUUAUUUUCUUCCGACGACCGCAGAUCAAAUUUGCUCAGCUCCUAAGUGGGAAGACCACUUUAUUUUAUUUUUUUUCUUUUUUUUUUUGCUUUCCCAGGCUCCAGCUCGCGCGCGGUGCCGGGCGCUCACGCUGCGUGUUUGUUCUCUCCUGCUUUCAUCCCCAGCCAUAAAGAUCCCCAGCAGGACCCGCGCUGGCAAAACCUCGUGCUAAUUUGCAAAGCAGAACGGGCCGAGCUCGUGCCUCGGCCGGGCUGGGGGCUGGGAAAAAAAAAUCCCUUUGCUCACCCUGGAGAGCUGGGGUGGCGGGAGGAGGCUUUGUGGAGCAUAUGGCCGGAUCCAGAGCAAAUCAAAGUCAAUGGCAAGGUGGCCGCUGGGCCGGCUCCGGCACCCGCUGGCAGGGAAUUGCAUAAGAGGAUGGGGCCGGGGAUGGUUUUGGGGCUAAGCUGGGCAAAACACGUGUCGGCGGCCGUGCAGAGCCGUCCCCAUCGCUACCGGUGCAGGCAGCGCUGCCCACGGGGUGGCCUCAGGGGAGGAGGGAAGGCUGAGCUGCUAAAAAAAUACACAGGGAGUGGGGUCAGGCUGUUUCGGGGGAGGAACACCCUCAUUCUUCCUCCCUGCCCUUCAUCCCCCUCAUGUUGCUCCCCCAGAGCCUGCUGCCCCCAGGAGACCCAGCGUGGAGGAGCCGCCGCCGGCCGGGGCCAUGAGGACAGCAUCCCCCUGAGCGCCGGGCGGUGAGCCCGCAGGGACAACCCUGCAGGAUGCCGAGGCUACGGGGCGGGUGCUGACACCAUGAAGGGCUACCAUGGGGAGCGUAGCCAGGCACAGCCCUCCUCCGGCCACCGCUGCCGCUGCAUCCCAGAGGACUGCCAGCAUCCCGCCAACUACGUCCCGCACGGCCCCGAGGGCCGGCCGCCGUACCUCCUCAGCCCCAGCGAGCCCUGUUCCCUGGAGCAUCCCUACUGCCCGGCGCGGAGCCCCGGCGCGGCCAGCGAGUGCCCGGGCGGGCCCCUGAGCGAGCCGCCCUCCGCCAGCGCCAGCAGCACCUUCCCGAGGAUGCACCACGCGCAGCAGCAGCCCUACGACUCCUGCGACGAAUGCAUGGCGACCGCCCACCCCGCCAGCAAGAUCAACCGCCUGCCCCCCACGCUGCUGGACCAGUUCGAGAAGCAGCUGCCGCUGCACCACGACGGCUUCCACACGCUGCAGUACCCGCGGGCCGGCGGCGCCGAGCCCCGCAGCGAGAGCCCCAGCCGCAUCCGCCACCUCGUCCACUCCGUCCAGAAGCUCUUCGCCAAGUCCCACUCCCUGGAGGCGCCGGCCAAGCGGGACUACAACGGCACCAAGAUGGACGGCCGCGGGGACGGCUACCACCACCACCACCACCACCAUCACCACCACCACCACCACCAGUCCCGCCACGGCAAGCGCAGCAAGAGCAAGGACCGCAAGGUGGACUCCCGGCACCGGUCCAAGAUGAUGGGCUGGUGGAGCUCCGACGACAACCUGGACAGCGACAGCAGCUACAUGGUGUCCGGCCGGCACGCCGCCGACCAGGCCACCCAGUACUGCGUGGACGCUCCCGAAAGUGCCUUCAGAGACUUGACCUUGAAGAGUCUAAAGGGCGGCGGGGAAGGAAAAUGCCUGGCCUGUGCCGGCAUGUCCAUGUCUCUGGAUGGCCAGACGCUCAAGAGGAGCGCCUGGCACACCAUGACCGUCAGCCAGGCUCGUGAAGCCUACCCCAGCGCCGGCGGCACCGAGAAGACCUUGAUGCUUCAGGAGGCAAAGGCCAAAGACCGAGCAUACCAGUACCUGCAGGUGCCGCAGGACGAGUGGAGCGGGUACCCGGCGGUGGGCAAGGACGGGGAGAUCCCCUGCCGGAGGAUGCGCAGCGGCAGCUACAUCAAGGCCAUGGGCGACGAGGACAGCGCCGACUCCGACGCCAGCGCCAAAGUGUUGCCCAGGGCGGCCACGCGGCGAGACAGCUACCGCCGCUCCUCCAGCGCCGACCAGGCCAGGACCAACUGCUGCACGCCACCGCGAAUGCUCCCGCGGGGACAGGGCUACGGGCGUUCCUUCACCACCGGCCAGAUCAACGAUGAGCUCAACCACCAGUUUGAGGCCGUCUGCGAGUCGGUUUUCGGCGAGGUGGAGUCGCAGGCGGUGGAGGCGCUGGACCUGCCCGGCUGCUUCCGCAUGCGGAGCCACAGCUACCUGCGGGCCAUCCAGGCGGGCUGCUCCCAGGAUGACGACUGCCUCUCGCUCUUCUCCAUGUCGGCCCCCGCCGGGCCACCCAUCACCAGCAGCAUCCUGAAGCCCAGCACCUCCUUCAGUUACAGAAAAGCUCCACCUCCCAUCCCUCCAGGAACCAAAGCCAAACCCCUCAUCUCCGUCACGGCGCAGAGCAGCACCGAGUCCACCCACGACAGCUACUUGCCCGGCGAGGUCUCCCGCAGCCCCGCCUGGUCCAAAGACGCCGCGGCCCGUUGCAACUCGGCCGAGAGCUUGGAGAGCUCCAAGGUGACGGCCGUGGCCCUCGACCUGCCCCCGGUCCAGCCCCGCGCUGCUCCCAAGCCCUCCACACUCAUCAUCAAGGCCAUCCCCGGCCGGGAGGAGCUGAGGAGCUUGGCUCGGCAGCGCAAGUGGCGUCCCUCCAUCGGCGUCCAGGUUGAGGCCAUCUCCGACUCGGAUACGGAGAGCCGGAGCCAGAGGGAGUUCCAUUCCAUCGGGGUGCAGGUGGAGGAGGACAAAAGGCGGGCACGUUUCAAGCGCUCCAACAGCGUGACGGCGGGCGUGCAGGCGGACCUGGAGCUGGAGGGCUUCACCGGCCUGGCUGUGGCCACCGAGGACAAGGCCCUGCAGUUCGGGCGCCCCUUCCAGCGGCACUCCUCGGAGCCCGAGUCCGGGCGGCAGUACGCCGUCUACAAGACGGUGCACACGCAGGGGCAGUGGGCCUACCGGGAGGACUACCAGCUGCAGUACGACACGGUGGAGGUGCCCCGGCGGGAUGCCUGGAUGGAACGGGGCUCCCGCAGCCUCCCCGACUCCGGCCGUGCCUCCCCCUGCCACCGCGAUGGGGAAUGGUUCAUCAAACUGCUGCAGGCCGAGGUGGAGAAGAUGGAGGGCUGGUGCCAGCAGAUGGAGAGGGAGGCUGAGGACUACGAUCUGCCAGAGGAGAUCCUGGAGAAGAUCCGGAGCGCCGUGGGCAGUGCCCAGCUCCUCAUGUCCCAGAAGGUGCAGCAGUUUUACCGCCUCUGCCAGCAGAACAUGGAUCCAAACGCAUUCCCCGUGCCCACCUUCCAAGACCUGGCCGGCUUCUGGGACCUCCUGCAGCUCUCCAUUGAGGACGUCAGCAUGAAGUUCGGGGAGCUCCAGCAGCUCAAGGCCAACGGGUGGAAGAUCGUGGAGCCCAAGGAGGAGAAGAAGGUGCCUCCCCCGAUACCAAAGAAGCCGCCGCGCUCCAAGGUGCACCCGGUGAAGGAGCGCUCCCUGGACUCGGUGGACCGGCAGCGGCAGGAGGCCCGCAAGAGGCUCCUGGCAGCCAAGCGAGCGGCCUCCUUCCGCCAGAGCUCGGCCACCGAGAGCGCGGACAGCAUCGAGAUCUACAUCCCCGAGGCGCAGACCCGGCUGUGACCGCAGCCUCCGCUUUUCUACCCGGACUGGACGGCGCGGCCGUAGCUCACUGUGAUGGGGGGCCGCGGGGACACCCUGGGGCAGCUCUUGGCCCCACUCACAGCUUCUCUCUUUUUUCUAUCUUAGACCUUUCUCGGAUCCGACGGCGGGUGAACCCAAGCCCGGUUCUGCCCCGUCCCCGUGCCCCCCGCCCGCAUGUCCCAUGCCAGCCUCUCCCGGGGUCCGGGGCUCUCCCUCCCUCCUGCCCUCCCUGGGGCCGUGUCCCAGCUCUCUGUCCCCUCCCCCCCCCGCAAGCCCUUCUUCACCCCCCCACUAGCCUGCAUCCCAACCGAAGGAGAGGUGACCCUCGGCCCCCGGCCCCCCUGGGC